CCACACUGCCAACAACAUAGACUGAAUCGCCAAGAUUUAACUGCAAGAUUUCACAUUUCUGAGAUAAACAUAAACACAAACAUAGUUUCUCACGAAACUUGUGUCUGUCUUCUCCGCCCUCAAUGACCCUUUUCUUUCCCUUAUAUUCAUUCUCUUAGCUUCUAUUCUUCUUCUUCUUUUCAUUGUUUUUCUGUUCCAUUCAUUGAAAUAUUCACUUAAUUCUCAAUUGUUCUGUCAUGGCUCCAGCAUUGGAGGUUCAAGGAGUAGAAAAUGUGUCUCAAAACAAUGGUUUGAACAAUGUUGAUGAUGUUACAAACAGAUCCAAGGUUACUGUUAUUGGUAGUGGUAAUUGGGGUAGUGUUGCAUCUAAACUUAUUGCUUCUAACACCAUUAGGAUGAACAAUUUUCAUGAUGAAGUAAGGAUGUGGGUAUAUGAGGAGACAUUACCAAGUGGAGAGAAGCUCACGGAUGUGAUCAAUCAAACCAAUGAAAAUGUAAAAUACCUCCCUGGAAUCAAGCUUGGCAAAAAUGUUGUUGCAGAUCCCGACUUAGAAAAUGCAGUGAGGGAUGCGAAUAUGUUAGUCUUUGUGACACCGCAUCAAUUUAUGGAAGGAAUAUGCAAAAGGAUAGCUGGUAAGAUAAGGGCUGAUGCCGAGGCUAUUUCCCUUGUUAAAGGUAUGGAAGUCAAAAUGGAAGGCCCUUGCAUGAUCUCUACUCUAAUUUCUGAAGAACUUGGAAUCAACUGUUCUGUGUUGAUGGGAGCAAACAUCGCAAAUGAGAUAGCGGUAGAGAAGUUCAGUGAAGCAACUGUUGGAUACAGGCAGAACCGAGAAGCUGCAGAGAGAUGGGUUCAUUUGUUUUACACUCCUUAUUUCAUCGUGACAGCUGUUCAAGAUGUUGAAGGAGUUGAAUUAUGUGGAACUCUAAAAAACGUUGUGGCCAUAGCAGCAGGUUUUGUUGAUGGCUUGGAGAUGGGAAAUAAUACAAAAGCUGCAAUCAUGAGACUUGGUCUCAGAGAAAUGAAGGCAUUUUCAAAGUUAUUGUUUCCAUCUGUUAAGGACAGUACUUUUUUCGAGAGCUGUGGUGUAGCCGACCUUAUCACAACUUGCUUGGGUGGAAGAAACAGGAAAGUUGCUGAAGCUUAUGCAAAGAAUGGAGGGAAGAGAUCUUUCGAUGAGCUUGAAGCAGAAAUGCUACAAGGCCAGAAAUUGCAGGGUGUCUCAACUGCAAGGGAAGUAUAUGAGGUACUAAGCCAUCGUGGGUGGCUAGAGUUGUUCCCUCUCUUCUCAACGGUACAUGAGAUAAGCAGUGGUCUUCUUCCACCAUCAGCCAUAGUUGAAUACAGUGAGAAGCUACCUAGUCCUUCUAAUUCAAGGUGUUAGCUUGGAGAUAUUGUUUGUGUUUCCACACAUAUAAAGUAUGGACCAAUAUGUACUGUCAGUGUAAAGAUUUUUUAUACUGUCAAUAAAUUAUGAUUGUCUGAUCACUACAAUACGAUUAGUUUUGAUUACUUGACAGUGUAAUUUUUUUUUUUUACAGUGACAAUAUAUUAAAAUUAAACUCAUAAAUUAUAGUAUUGAUUCUAAGAAUAUACAAGUACUAUAGUACUAGCAUGUUUUAGCAGUGUAUCAAA